CUCAGCUGCUCAAAAGAGAGGCGAGCAGCGGACAGGUGAGAGAAGGACCUGAAACAGCACACCAGUACUAAACUGGGAGCAGAAAAACUAAGAGAGAGAAAAAUACAACCUGCCGUCAAUAUUACAUUACCGCACGAGAGACAACACCGUCUAACUCUAAGUGCUUAUCCUCGAAGUGAAGAUGCAGAUUAAAGUAACGACCUUGACGGGGACUUGUUAUCCCGUGGAAAUGGAUCCCAGCGCCACAGUGGGGCAGCUGAAGCAGGAGAUCGAGCGUCGGGUCAGUGUUCCAGCGUUCCGGCAGAAACUGGCGAUGCAGAAGAACGGGCGCAAAGAGCUGGAAGACGAGGGGAGGCGGCUGAGCGAGUGCGGGCUGGAGCACGGAGACACCGUGCUGGUGCUGGUCACUGAGCCCAAGUCCAUGCAAGUCUUCUUGCGGAACUACAAGAACCAGACGCAUACAUACGAGAUCUUCCCGGGGGAGACAGUCACCGAGUUCCGACAGAAGGUUUAUCGGGUGGAAAAGGUUCCACCGGAUCAACAGAGGCUCUAUUAUGAAUCCAAGCCGCUUGAAGACGGCAGGAAAUUGGAGGAUUACAACAUCAGGCCCGAAACUACCAUCAACUUGUGCCCGCGUCUAAGAGGAGGCUAAGUGCAGCGCUGCGUUACUUGGCGUUCAUUGUUAUCGAUGAUUGUAACAACUGUCCGUGUAACAUUUGCAGUUAAAUAAAAGUCUAUUUAAAA